GCGGAGGUGAGGGGCUUACUUAGCUUGGCGGCGAUGGGCGCUGGGCGCUGGGAGCCUGCGCUUGGGCUCUCGCCGCCGCCGCCGCCUGCGGGGCCUGCGUGAGAGAGGUCCGGAGGGCCCGGGACUCGCCGGUACGGCGGGAUGGACUGUCCGGCCCCGGCCCGCCACGUCCCCUGCGUCCGGCUGGGGAACGGGCCCGCGAGCUGCACCGGCGAGCCCCAGCACCGGGCCUCGAACUAGUACCCCGACCGACGCUACUAGUACCCUGAGACCCCCCUGGGGGGUCCCAAGGCCGGCUGGAAAGAUCACCCCUCACCUGUCAGCGCCGAGUGAACCCUUCUCCGAGACACCCGCAGCGCCCCAACUAAGGUCCGGGAUGCCUCCUGUCUGGCUCUUCCAAGAUGGAGGCGAAAGAUUCAGCCGAGGCCGCCCACACGGGGCCUAGACCUAAGCUCUGUUGCAAGCCUGAGAGCCCCAGGCCCUGGCUGGUGGAUGAGCACGCUCGCCUCUGGGACGUCUUCAAGACAGAGGAGAGCUCCGUUCAGGACUGGGGUGAAGAGGUAGAGGAAGGAGCUGUGUACCAUGUCACCCUCAAAAGGAUCCAGAUCCUCCAAGCACUCAAUAAAGGCGCGAGAUGGCUGGGGGUGGAAGGGGACCAGUUGCCCGCUGGCCACAUGGUCAGUCAGUACGAGACCUGCAAGAUCCGCACCAUCAAGGCGGGCACAUUGGAGAAGCUGGUGGAGAACCUGCUGACGGCUUUCGGCGACAAUGACUUCACCUACAUCAGCAUCUUCCUGUCUACCUAUCGCGGCUUUGCGUCCACCAAGGAGGUGCUAGAGCUGCUGCUGGACAGGUAUGGGGACCUGACGAGCCCGCAUGAUGCCGACGGGAGCCCCAGCUCAGCGGAGAGCAGGACAGCUGUCAGGAAUGCCAUCGCCUCCAUCCUGCGGGCCUGGCUAGACCAAUGCGCUGAGGACUUCUGGGAGCCCCCGGGCUUCCCCUGUUUGCACAAGCUUCUGGGGUACCUGCAGGGCGCCAUGCCUGGCUCUGACCCAGAACGAAGGGCACAGAACCUGCUGGAGCAGUUUCAGAAGCAGGAGGUGGACACGGACACUGGUCUCCCCAUUCCACCAGAUGGGCCCAGCCCCUCAGCCUGCAGCCUGGAUGAGGAGGAGGAGCUGGAGGUGUCUGGACCAGCCGAGUUCACUUGCUUCUCCGAGGACCUGGUAGCUGAGCAGCUGACGUACAUGGAUGCGCAACUGUUCAAGAAGGUGGUGCCUCACCAUUGCCUGGGCUGUGUCUGGUCUCGGCGGGACAAGAAGGAGAACAAGCACCUGGCACCCACCAUCCGGGCUACUAUUGCGCAAUUCAAUGCCCUCACCAAGUGCGUGGUCAGCACCACACUUGGCAGCCGAGAGCUCAAGACACAGCAGAGAACCCGGAUCCUGGAGAAGUGGAUCAACAUAGCACAUGAAUGCAGAAUCUUGAAGAAUUUUUCCUCCUUACGGGCCAUCGUUUCUGCUCUCCAGUCCAAUUCCAUCUACCGGCUUAAGAAGACAUGGGCCGCCCUGCCCAAGGACCGAAUUCAGAUGUUCGAGGAGCUCUCCGACAUCUUCUCAGACCAUAAUAAUCACCUGACCAGCCGGGAGCUGCUGAUGAAGGAGGGAACGUCCAAGUUCGCUAACCUGGACAGCAGCGUGAAGGAGAACCAGAAGCGGACACAGAGGCGCUUGCAGCUGCAGAAAGACAUGGGUGUGAUGCAGGGCACUGUGCCCUACCUCGGUACCUUCCUCACUGACCUCACCAUGCUGGACACGGCCCUGCAGGACCAUGUUGAGGGUGGCCUGAUAAACUUUGAGAAGAGGAGAAGGGAAUUUGAGGUGAUCGCCCAGAUCAAGCUCCUCCAGUCGGCCUGCAACAGCUACUGCAUGGCCCCCGACCCGCGUUUUAUCCACUGGUUUCGCAGCCAGCAGCUCCUGACAGAGGAGGAGAGCUAUACCCUGUCCUGUGAGAUUGAAGCAGCUGCUGAGGCCAGCACCACCUCGCCCAAGCCCCGCAAGAGCAUGGUCAAGAGGCUGAGCUUGCUGUUCCUGGGCUCUGACCUCAUGGCCAGCAGCACCCCCAGCAAGGAGGCCCCCAAGUCUACAGCCAGUGGGAGCUCAGGGGAGAGCAUGGACUCGGCCAGCGUCUCCUCGUGCGAGUCCAGCCCCGAGGAGGGCGCCUUCACACCCCUGCACUCGCCUGAUGAGCCCCAGAAGAAGCUCUCUGAGUCCUCAUCCUCCUGCUCCUCCAUCCACUCCAUGGACACAGCUUCCUCAGGGAUCUCCUCCUCUGUCCACCCUGUCUCCUCGCCCCCUGCCUGCCCCGGUGACUCCAAGAUGCACAAGCGCUCGGUGUCGGUGACGUCCAUCACAUCCGCUGGCCUGCCCCCCGCCUACAACCAGCAGAGUGAGGACAGUUGCAUCAUCCGAAUCAGCAUCGAGGACAAUAACGGCAACAUGUAUAAGAGCAUCCUGCUGACGAGUCAGGACAAGACCCCUGCGGUGAUCCAGCGUGCCAUGGUCAAGCACAGCCUGGAUGCGGACCCCGCUGAGGACUACGAGCUGGUGCAGGUCAUUUCUGAUGACAAAGAGCUGGUGAUCCCGGACUCUGCCAACGUCUUCUAUGCCAUGAACAGCCAAGUCAACUUCGACUUCAUCCUGCGCAAGAAGCUGCCGCCCGAGGAGCAGGUGAAGCUGAGGAGUAGGACCAGCCUGACCCUGCCCAGGACAGCCAAGCGGAGCUGCUGGGCCCAGCGGCACAGCAAGAUCACCCUGUGAGCACCAGACACACCCCACUCUGCACAGGCCCUGGAUCCGGGCCCUGUGGACAGGAAAGGCCCCAGGCCACAGAGCAAAUUCACUUUGCACAGAUCCGGGCAGAGGGAAUCCAUGGGAACUGGGCCAGUCCGGCCCACCCCACUGGAGAGGGACCAGCUGGGCGGCAUGAAGGACCACUUGGAAGAGUUUGGAUGAGCCCAGGCCUAGGCCCUCUGUGCCCUCCAUUCCCAGGACAAGGAGAACCGUGGGGGUACGAGCACCGAAUGUUUGGGUACCCACAGGAUCCCCCGCAUUUGGGAAACAACCCUGGGCAAGGAGGCGGAACUGCAGCUUCUGGGUCCCAUCGCCGCCCCUCGGGACUCCUGUGCCCUGGAUCCACACCCUCACGGCAUCCCCUAACAGAGACCCCUGCCGCGCCCACACCCCUCAUGGCAGUUCUGGAGGUGCCUCUCUGCACCCCAGGCCCCACCUCUAUCCGGGGUUCCAGCCCCAGCCGUGUGGGAGGCCACCUCAAAAGCCAUAUGUGGGGCUCAAGAAGCACUUUCCGAAUUUGUCCUUUUUAUGAUUACAAAAAAUCUUCAAGAUACCACUUUUUAUUCCAAAAAUAAAGAAGAGGACUGAGGCUAUGA